CUGUGCGGGGCGCGCCGGUCCCCAGCAUGGCGGCGUCUUGGUCUCCUAGGCUCUGUACCUCGGAGGCCUUGGCCGCUCAGCUCUUUGGAGUCCUGUGGCUCGUGACAGUCAACCCAGGCCCCUGGGGGGCUGUCGCCACCGUCGCUGCCGGGGGCGAGGAGACGCUAAAGUGCGAGGACCUCAAAGUGGGACAAUAUAUUUGUAAAGAUCCAAAAAUAAAUGAUGCCACGCAAGAACCAGUUAACUGUACAAACUAUACAGCUCAUGUCCCAUGUUUUCCAGCACCCAACAUAACUUGUAAGGAUUUCAGUGGCAAUGAGACACAUUUUACAGGAAAUGAAGUUGGUUUUCUCAAACCUAUAUCUUGCCGAAAUGUAAAUGGCUAUUCAUACAAAGUGGCGGUUGCAUUGUCUCUUUUUCUUGGAUGGUUGGGAGCAGAUCGGUUUUACCUUGGAUACCCUGCCUUAGGUUUGUUAAAGUUUUGCACUGUAGGAUUUUGUGGAAUUGGGAGCCUAAUUGAUUUCAUUCUUAUUUCAAUGCAGAUUGUUGGACCUUCAGAUGGAAGUAGUUAUAUUAUAGAUUAUUAUGGAACAAGACUUACAAGACUGAGUAUCACUAAUGAAACAUUUAGAAAGACACAGUUGUAUCCAUAAAUAAUUUAAAAAAAGAAAUGGAUUUGGGUCUCCUUGAUUUUAGUAGAGAACUCCCAGUAUAUGGAUUUCCAGAUUUUCCUUCUUCAUCUAUCCACUCUGUGGAUUCCAUUUGAUUUUUUUGUUGCUGUGUUGAUUAUUUUUGUUUUGUUGAUUUAGUCAAAAGUAUAUGAUUCUGAGAUUUAUUUGAUAGGACUUUGAAAGCUGUAUAAUAGUCUUUCUGAGGCUACUAUCUCUGUGAGAUAGAUAGCUUAUUACUCUGAUAUUCUUUAAUGUCUUUUACAAAGGCAAAUUGCCACUUACAAUUUUUUUUUGCUUCUGAAAAAUAAAAGUAUAACUUAUUCACA